AUGAUCAACGCUAAUCUUAUCACCUGUGCACUUUGCCGGAAUUACUAUGCGGAUCCUCGUCAGAUUCCCUGUUCUCAUUCAUUCUGUUUCGAUUGCCUAUCCGGGCGUUUUGAUGAUGAAACAUUGAUACUAAUUUGUCCGAAAUGUGAUAAACUUCAUCAGUAUAAUUCACGUGAGGAAUUCGAAAAUCGUUGUAUGCGUGAUGGCUUUCUUAAGUCAAUGGUUGCACAAUUCAAACGAAAUCAAAGUCGAUCAUCCGCAAUAGCAUCCGGUCUUCAUUCUCGGCCAGCAUCGUCCCUAUCACAAAUUGUGCCGAUGAAUGGCUUUACACCGAUACGUCCGGUUUCUCAAGAGGUUAAUUCGAGUUUUGAUCAAACUUGUUCGGAACGAUCGACACCAUCGAUUUAUAGUCAAACCAGGUCGUCCUCAGUGUUGCCAACAAUAGCAAAUCGUGUACUCAUAGCCAAAUGUCAAUCAUGUAAUAUGAAAGGUGAACUAAUUGUAUGCAACCAUUGUGAUAAUGUGAUCUGUACUAAAUGUGCUGAUGAACAUCAGAGCGUGAUUAAUGAUGAUGUCAAACGCGAAUGGGAUCUAUGUAAAAGCAAAUUUGAUAUAAUUAGUGAACGAUCGAUUCGUUUUGAGGCUGAUCAAGAGGAAUGUGAACGUAAGGCACGUGAAUUGCAAACAUUAGUGGGCGAACGAGGUGAUAAAUUAGUGCAAACAAUUAAUAAUUAUAAAAAUGCGUAUAUGGAUUUCAUUGAAAAACAUCGACGAACUCAUAAACAAGUUUGUGCACGUGAGCAAAUUAUUGAUGAGUAUGAAUCUAUUGAUGACCGCGUCAACAAACUACUAAAAUCUGCAGAUAUAACUACUGAAAAGAUGGACGAUUUUUCUUUUGAAAUCGAACAUCUCGAAAGUCGUCUAGACAGUUUAAAUGCAAUUCUUGAUUCGAGUGAAUUAAAAUUUCCCGUGCUGACAUUACCUGAACAAAUCGACAUCUCGUCGCUUUUUGGUACAUUGAACUUUCUCUCGUUGAAUUCACCACAUUCGAAUCAUGUGAAAUCCAAACCUGAUCAUGAUGAUUAUCUUCUGCUCGAGUCGUCUCAACCACAGCCGCAUCGAUUCGAUCAAAUAUCCCCACCAUUGCCGGUUCCUCAAGCAAUGAAGAAAAAACUUCUCUGGCAACUCGAUUACAAAUCAGUCCCAUAUUAUGUUCGAACGUACAACAAUCAGUUAUUCGUUUGUGAUAAAUAUGGAUAUUUGUCAGUGUAUAAAUUAAAUAGACCAAAUGAUUUUCGAGCCAAACCAAUCUUCGUCCGAGAAAUUAAAUUAUUCAACGAUAAUCCUACCGUCUUGUCGGACGAAGAUCAAACAAUCAUCGAUUCGUUUGUUGUCUACAAGUUCUGGAUAAUCGUUUUUAAACGAAAGAAAAAUGAAUUACAUGGUACGAUUUAUGUAUUCACAUAUGAUGGUAAACUUCUUCCCAACGGUAAAUGUGUACAUAACUAUCCAUCACGUGAAUUAACAAUCGAUGUGGAAACCAAUAUCCUCUGGUCACUCGAUCAAAAGCAGCUUUGUCUUUUUUAUUAUCAGUUGCCCGAUCAAAUUAGCCCGACUGACCAAAUCGAAGACGUGUUUCACAAUCGUUAUUCACACGUACAAUUUUCGAAACCAUUCGCACCCAAACAUAUCUCCGUGAACAAAAAUGUUCUCGCUGUCUUGGACAAAAACCGACAAGCUGUACAUGUCUAUGACAAGAAAACGCAAGAGGAAUUGUACCAACAUGUGAACAUUUACAAUCAUACCACGCAUUUUUGUUGGGACAUGGCGCUGUUCUCGGACAAUAGUCUGUUGAUCAAACUUGACGAAACGAGUACGUUGAAAGCCGGCCCGUCGAAACACAUCUAUUUACAAUUGGACACAACGAGUCAACGCAAUGUGAUCGGAAUUAUCGAAGAAACCGAUGCUUAUGGAAUGAUAAUCACGGCGACGGAUGAGAUUUUGAUCGGAGUGAGAAUAAAUACGAAAGGAACUGUGAAAUGUUAUGGUUGA